AUGGUUCAUGUGUCUGGAGGCUGCUGGCUUUGUUGGUGUUUUAUCUCUGAAGUUUGACUAAAGACAUUAUUGAAACUUUGGAAUACCGCUUGUUUUUCCUUAAUUUUCUCUUCAAGGUAUCAACCGUUUUUAGAACUGGAUUUUAAUACUGUACCGAAUACAUUACAUUUACCUCUGAGCAACAGAAAAUGGAAAACGCUUUGCAUCGUCAAAAUUGAUUCAUCUGCCUGUCUGUGUCUACCUGCAUGAGAGAGGGCUGGGACCGCUGUGCAGACACUUUCAGUCAGCUCUGGCCUCAUUGCGAGUGUGAUGAGAGAGUGGCUGUAGCUGAACCAGUAGUUUCUGUUGGAGAAAAAGAGAAUCUGAUAGGCCAUUAAGAUGGAUUUCCACGGCUCCACGAUCUCCAGUAGCCAAUCGAUGAUGAGUGGCCUGGACAAAUCCCCAGCUGGGGGGAGCAAACCCACUCACUCCCGGAACAGCAGCAUCGGCUCGUCCCGGCACUCCCGCCAGAACUCCAGGCACUGGGAGGUGAUAGAGGACCUCCAGGGUGAGGUGGUCUUGGGAGCCGAGAUGGGGCAUGACGUAGCCGUUCCUGGCCUCUGUGAGGGCUACAUGAUGAAGAAGAGGAAGUGGCCCCUCAACGGCUGGCACAAGAGGUACUUCAUUCUGGAACAGGGUAUCCUCCGCUACUCCAAGACCAAGCAGGAUAUCCAGAAGGGAAAGUUGCAAGGCUCUUUGGACGUCAGCCUGGCCGUGAUGUCCAUAAACAAGAAGUCCAAGCGCAUUGACCUGGAUGCUGGGGACAACCUCUAUCACAUCAAGGCAAAGAACCAGGAGCUGUUCUACAUCUGGGUGACCAAGCUGUCUGCCCACCGCAUAUUCAAGAAGAAUGAGGCUGUACACGCACACAAUGGAGUCCUGCAGGCACUGUCAGCCAGGGGCAACAGCCUGCCUACCAUGGCCAGCCUGGCACAGAGGAACAGGGGCUUGCCAGACCUGUCUUAUUCCCAGUACCAGAGCAACAUGUCUCUAUGUCCAAGUGAAAUGGGACACUGCAGGCACGAGCUCCCCACUGCUGCCCCAGGGGUGGACAGCAAGGUGUCCGACUGGCUGCAGCAAACCCACGAGGCCGACUGCUGCUCUCAAGAGCUCCGUCGUUGCCAGGGCGACCUGGUGGAGCUGAACCAAUUGGUCCAGAGGCUGCAGUUCCUGGAGAGUGGCCAGCCCAUCACCAACGGCGACCUGGAGCGCAGGAUAAGUAUGCAGAAUCUCACACUAGACAAGCCCAAGAAGAAGUCUAGUAAAGGCUGGGGCCAUUCUCGUACCCUUUCCAGGGUGGAGGCCCUUGGUCUUUCCUCCAGUCACCUGAGCACUUCCUCACACCUGGGGGCCUCGGUUCAGUCCAUCCCGGACUACGUCUACUCUCAGCUCUCCACACCGGGCAUCGUGUCCCCCGAGGGCAAGAAGGUCCAGAAAGACAUCUGCCUGCUGGCAGAGAGGGUGCACAACUCUUUGCGGUCGGUGCAGGAGACCCUGGCCCAGGAGCGGGAGAAACUACGGACUGCCUGGACCAGGCCCGACCUCCGCCAGUACACCUCCCAACAGCUGGCCACGCUGUGCACCACCCUCUCCGAGUUGGAGAUGAAGUCCCGUCUGACCAAAGUCCACUCGCUGUCCUUGUCUUCGGACUCCUCGGAUGAGUCGUUCUGCACCGUCAACCAGGAGCAGCCCACGCCAUCCCUAGGUCGCCACUCUCUCCGCACGCCCUCCGUGGCCGAAUCGGCGGCAGAAUACUACGAUGCGAGCGAUGUCACUGCUCAAGAGAAUUCACCGGAAAACGAAGUGUCGGAUGAGUCCGGAAUGAGCGACAUCACCACCAGCAACUCUGAGCCUGAAGAGGGACAAGUGACGUCCACCCAGGACUACCGUGCCAGCGUCUCCAGCGCGCCCGACGUGCUGAACGUCAUCCCCAAGGACACGGGCCACCGCACCACGCUGCCCGCCACCUGCCCCGACAACAGCCACAUCGGCCUCAUGACCAUCCUGUACAACAACAUCGGCAAGGACCUCUCCCGCGUCUCCAUGCCGGCCGCGCUCAACGAGCCCCUGUGCCUCAUGCAGAGACUGUGCGAGGAGCUGGAGUACUCGGAGCUGCUGGACACGGCCAAUCGCACCGAGGACCCCUAUGAAAGGAUGGUUUACAUCGCAGCCUUCUCCAUCUCUGGCUAUGCCUGGGCGAGCUACCGUAACCGCUACAAGCCCUUCAACCCCAUCCUGGGGGAGACCUUCGAGUGCAUACGUGAGGAUCGCGGUUUCCGCUACGUCAGUGAGCAGGUGAGCCACCAUCCCCCCAUCUCUGCCUGCCAUGCUGAAUCAGAGAAUUUCUCCUUCUGGCAAGACCAGCGAUGGAAGAACAAGUUUUGGGGCAAGUCUUUGGAGGUGAUCCCCACUGGAAUGGUGAACGUGACUCUUCCUCGGUUUGGAGAUCAUUACGAAUGGAACAAGGUGGUGACCUGCAUCCACAACGUCCUGAGCCAGCAGCGUUGGCUGGAGCACUACGGCGAGGUCAUCAUCCGCAACCUCAACAGCUCCGUCUGCACAUGCAAGAUCACCUUUGUCAAGUCCAGCUACUGGAACUCUGACGCAACAAGGAACGAAAUACAGGGGCAGGUCCUCAACGAGGCCGGAGAGGUUGUCCACCGAUUUGGGGGCCUGUGGCAUGAGGGCAUCUUCUGUGACACGCUGCCUGUGCCCCAGUGCAUCUGGAAGCCCAACCCACAGCCUGAAAACUACUUCCAGUACUAUGGCUUCUCGCGCUUCGCCAUGGCGCUGAAUGAGCUGACCCCUGAAAUGAGGCCUCUGCUGCCUCCGACGGACACCCGUUUUCGUCCAGACCAGAGGCUCUUGGAGGAGGGUAAGGUGAAUGAGGCAGACAAGAAGAAGGAUGAGGUGGAGGAGAAACAGAGGAGUCGGCGGAAGGCCAUGGAGAAGAGAGGAGAGCCCCACAUGCCACGUUUCUUCGUGAAAUCACUUGAUGCCAAUGGCAGGGAUGUGUGGCUGAAUAACGGAACCUACUGGAAAAUCCGGGAGGAGCCGGGAUUCGCAAACACGGAAAAUCUCGACCUUUGGUGAAGCACUCCACAGCCGGUCUUCUGUUGUCAAGGACUGAAGUGGGACACUUGUGUAUUAUAGCUAAAUGUUGUGUUCAUAGACUGUGUCAUUGUGUCAUUUUACGAGGGUGUGAGGUGGGAGGUGGAAUGCAUAACCCAGCAUGGAGGAGCUGCUCUGAGCUGCCAGGGGAGCAGGGAUCAUGCUGAGAGGGAAGAUGGAAGGACAGUUUUGGAGGCUUCGGGCCUCCUGAGUAACGGGCCAGAUCCUACCCAUGAACACGUUCAUGCUCGCUUCACAAUUGCAGAAACCCCCAGGAUCGAGGGCCAAGGCUAAUGCAAUCCAACUUUCCUAGUCUCUACGUACCAUAGCUGCUACAGCCAGGAAAGUGUAUAUUGAGUCAAGGAAAAAAUAAGGGUUUUUGUUGUUUUAACAUUCCUAUUUAUAUAUUUUUAUGAAGGGACUGUUUAGUCAAUUGUGAUUUAUUUAAAGGACAUAAUGUACUUUUUUGUGUCAUUCUGUGUUACUCUACCAAAAUUGACAUUGCAUUUUAAGACUGUUAUCGGGGGUUUACAUUUACACAGACAAUGAAGGUUGAGUACUUUAUGGGCCUUACUAUGAAUUCUUGUGUUUACUUGCAAAUUGUAGUUGUCUUUAAUGAGGUCUUUUUUUGUUGAGUGGUACACUGGUGUGUUAAAGCACAUAUGAAACCUCCCAUCUUCACCUCUGUGCUGGAAGAAGAAGUAGUCUUAAUGUUGCACAGGUCAUCUUGGUCAUUUAUUGUGGAAGGACCAAGUUUGCAUGCUCUGUAAAUUUCUUAAAUAUCUCUGUGAACUGACUUUAUGGAAAUGUUUUUAUGGUGAUGUUGGUAAAGUCUGAGCCUUGUUUUCAGUUGAUACUAUGAAGUUUUUUUUUAUGGAUGUCUCAACAGCAGGUUCAAGAGAAGAGGACAUUAUAGAACCAGUAUGAAAUAUUCAGUUAUUUUAGACUUAAAUGUCUGUAUAUGUGACUCAUCAAAGACUAGCUCAGGUUUAAAUAAAUA